UAGCUUUGUUUAGCAUAUUGGCAUCAUUGUUUGUUGCGAUAGUCUUUUGCAAAAUAUGCGGUGAAGCAGUGUGGUAGUAUGUGCGUAGUAUGGCAGUAAAUAGUAAUUAAAGCUGGUACUUGGAUAUCUGGGACCUACACCAAAUACCACGAGAUAAAGGAAAUAGAAAAGAUCCAAAGAAGAACACUGCAUUUUGUCACAGCUCCCUUUGAAGAAAGGAAAAAAGUUUGCAAACCUGCAUGAGCACCUAGUAGUGAUUUAAUGGCUGCCUAUAUAAAUCGCUCAUUGUCUCAAAUGGCUGGAGAUGGCCCUUCAAUAAGGGGGUCAUCUUUGGUUGGAGGGCCUGGUGGUGAUACAAGAAACUUACAUGACUCAACUUCUCCACUACAGAUAUUCGUCAAAGCCAAAAAGAAGAUCAAUGGAAUAUUUGUGGAAAUUGAAGACUAUGUCAGGAAUACAGCUUCAUAUAUGCAAAGUCUGGAAAAGGAACAAAAUAUUAUCCAGCCAGAAGAAAGGGUGCAGGUGGAAAGUUACAUUCAAAAAGUUAAAGGCAUUAGAGAUGUCCUCACAAGGGAUCACAUGAAAGUGGCCUUUUUUGGAAGGACAAGUAAUGGGAAGAGCACAGUGAUAAAUGCCAUGUUAAGAGACAAGAUCCUACCUAGUGGCAUUGGUCAUACAACCAACUGUUUUCUACAAGUUGAAGGAUCAGAAAAUGGAGAAGCGUACCUUGUGACUGAAGACUCAAAAGAGAAGCAGAAUGUAAAGUCUGUUGGACAGUUGGCACAUGCUCUCUGCAAAGAACGUUUGGGUGAAAGUACACUUGUCAGAAUAUUCUGGCCAAAAGAUAAAUGCCUUCUGCUGAGAGAUGAUGUAGUAUUUGUGGACUCACCAGGUAUUGAUGUGUCGCCAAAUCUUGAUGAGUGGAUUGACCGUCACUGCCUUGAUGCAGAUGUCUUUGUUCUUGUUGCCAACGCAGAAUCUACUCUUAUGGUUACGGAGAAAAACUUCUUCCACAAAGUCUCAACUCGACUCUCUAAGCCAAAUAUUUUUAUUUUGAACAAUCGAUGGGAUGCCUCAGCUUCAGAACCUGAAUUUUUGGAUCAGGUAAGAGGACAACAUAUGGAACGAACAGUUGAUUUUCUUGUGAGAGAGCUGAAAGUUUGUUCCCAGAAGGAAGCUAAUGAGAGGAUAUUUUUUGUGUCAGCUAAGGAGGUCUUACAAGCAAGGCUGAUGGAACAAAAGGGACAACCUGCUCAUGCUGGUGCUCUGGCAGAAGGAUUUCCUACGCGAUACUUCGAAUUUCAGGAUUUUGAACGAAAGUUUGAAGAAUGCAUUUCUAAAAGUGCAGUGAAAACAAAAUUUGCACAGCACUCCCAAAGAGGAAAACUUAUUGCUUCAGAGAUACACACAGUAAUGGAUGGUGUCUAUGAGCGUGCUGAGCAGUUGAAAUCUGAAAAAGCUCUGGCAAAAAAGGAACUUUAUGACAGACUUAACUACACGGAACAGCAGCUGCGAAUGAUUACUCAGGAAAUGAAGGAAAAAAUACACCAGAUGGUUGAAGAUGUAGAGCAAAGGGUCUCAAAAGCACUCAGUGAGGAAAUUCGUCGUUUGUCUGUCCUUGUGGAUGAGUUCAACUUACCAUUUCAUCCAGAACAAUUGGUUCUCAACGUGUACAAGAAAGAACUGCAUGCUCAUGUGGAAAAUGGACUGGGUAGCAAUCUUCGUGCACGGCUUUCUACAGCAUUGGCCAUGAACAUUGAGAACAGUCAACGAGAAAUGACAGAAAGAAUGUCAUCGCUCCUUCCUCCAGAGAAAAAACAAGUAUCAUUAAGUGUCCUACCCCGUAGGGAACCUUUUGAGAUACUGUAUCGGCUCAAUUGUGAUAACCUGUGUGCAGAUUUUCAUGAAGAUCUGGAAUUUCGGUUUUCAUGGGGCAUUACAGCAUUGAUAAAUAGAUUCACUGGCAAACAAGGACAUCGAAUUGCAUUACACAAUUAUGCUCACAUGGUACCGCGUGACAUUCUUUCUCCAUCAGAGACCUUGGAUGUUGCACAGAUAAAAUUUCCUACUAACCAACCAAGCGAUGAUUGGUCUAUCCCAUCUAGGUUACUGAUGGCAUCCAUUGGUUCACAAGGCACAAUGGGUGGGCUUCUGGUUGCUGGGUUUUUACUGAAGACUGUAGGCUGGCGACUUAUACUGGUGACGGGAGCAGUGUAUGGUUGCCUGUACUUAUAUGAAAGAUUGACGUGGACCAACAAAGCAAAAGAGCGUGCAUUCAAAAGGCAGUAUGUUGCACAUGCUACAAAGAAACUCCGGCUUAUUGUUGAUUUGACUUCUGCCAACUGCAGUCACCAAGUACAACAGGAGCUUUCAAGCACAUUUGCUCGUCUUUGUCACCUAGUGGAUGAGGCAUCAACUGACAUGGAUGAGGCCAUAAAGUCACUUGAGAAAGAGCUCAGGACGUUGGAGGAGGCAGCUGCAUCUGCUAAGAGUUUGCGUAAUAAAGCAAAUUACCUUGCACAGGAGCUAGCUAUGUUUGAAGAGACUUACCUGCAGUGUGAUAAUUAAUAGAUUAUUAUUACUUAGGCACUUGUAUAAAUGUGCAGUUAACAGCAUGAAACACUCACUACUAGUCACCAGCGAUUAACAGUUAAUAGUACCCAAGCAGUAAGUGGCCUGGGACUUAACACAUAUCUCAUUGUGAUAUGUUUCAAGUUGUAAGCUGUGCAGUGCUUGGUGGUGACUUCUGUUAAAAAAACAUAAUGUCAUCGCUGUUUCACUGCACAUGAUGGUCCUGUUAUAAUUGUUACUCUGCUUAUAGCAGAUUCUGGAAAGAGUCAUAGAUUAUGUGUAGCAUAAACUGAAUGCACAGUUUGAAUAAAGUACAAUAACCUUGUCUUACAAAUCAGAGUCCAGUUUGGAUAUCCUGUAGUCAAUAAGGAUACCACAACAUGAUUAUAUUGCUUUAUUGGUCAUCAUUGUUAAAUCAUGAUGUAUAAAAAUUCAUCUGUAUUUAUUCAUAAAUGUAUAUUGUUAAAACUUGUCAUUUUGUGAUUUAUCGUAUGUUAGUAAAAAAGCUUGAAUCUAUGAUAGGUUGUCUGUUUACCUAUAAAUUAAGUAUACCGUUGGGUGUGCUCUGUACAGUUGUUGAUGUGGUCUUCAGUUCUGUAUCUGAUGAUGUCCUGUGAUUUCUGCCUUGGGAAGAAAUAUUUAUAAAUCCAUUUUCUGUAUACAGAGUUGUAAUAUUUGUGACAAUAUUUGUACCACAUUAGUAUUAAUGAGCAUAAAAUAACAUAAUUUGACAGGUGUUCAGUAAGUUAGGAAUGGAGAAUUUGAUUUGAAGCUGAGUGUUCCUAAGGCAUCUGUUCUUCAGAAGAUUAAAAGUCUAAUAAUUGAA